AUGACAAAAUCCUAGAACUCUUAUUGAAACAUGGAGCUGACAUUGAUAUCAUAAACAAGAGUGGCGGUGAUGCUGUAAUGAUUGCUUGUGAAAAAGGUCAUGAUAAAAUCAUUGAAUUACUUAUUAAAUACGGCGCUUCUUUAACUUUUGUUGACAUUGAAGGUAACAAUGCUUUAAUGAACGCAUGUAAAAGUGGACAUAUUCGUAUUGUUGAAUUGCUAAUACAAAGCGGAUGCGACUUACAUCAUUUAAAUAAAAAAGGUGAUAGUCCAUUAUUAUUCGCAAUUGUUUAUGGACAUGACAAAAUCCUAGAACUCUUAUUAAAACAUGGAGCUGACAUUGAUGUAAUAAACAACAGUGGCGGUUAUGCUGUAAUGAUUGCUUGUGAAAAAGGUCAUGAUAAAAUCAUUGAAUUACUUAUAAAAUACGGCGCUUCUUUAACUUUUUUUGACAUUGAAGGUAACAAUGCUUUAAUGAACGCAUGUAAAAGUGGACAUCUUCGUAUUGUUGAAUUGCUAAUACAAAGCGGAUGCGACUUAAAUCAUGUAAAUAAAAAAGGUGAUAGUGCUAUACUAAUAGCGUUCAAAAAAGGACAUGAUAACAUCUUAGAUUUGCUACUUAAAAAUAAUGUAGAUGUAAAACCGAGGGGGUUGGGCGCAGUAUUGGCUGCCUAUAAAAGAGGUAAUUAUAAAAAGAUUGAAUUACAAAGAGAAUAUAGUGCUUAUUUGGGCAAUACUAAUAUUGAUGAAAGUAAUAUUUUAAUGCGUGCCUCUAGAAAUGGUCACUUUGAAAUUAUUGACUAUCUUAUAAAAGCUGGAGUCGAUGUGAAUCAUCCUAAUACACUCGGAUAUUGCCCAUUAACUAUUGCAAUAGAACAUGGGUUUACACAAAUAGUCGAGUUAUUAAUAGAAAAUGGCGCAUAUUAUUAUAUAACCAAGGAAAUAACUGCACAGAAAUGUGAGGCAAAAACGGCUGCUCGUAAAAAAGUUUUGGCUAAAAAUAUUACUAUAAAAAAUUAUUCUAUCCUCAAGUCAGACCACCAUUUAGGCCAUUUAUUUCAACAGAAUCCUUUGGUUGUGUAUAGAAGGGAACGCAACCUUAGAGACCUUUUAGUUCGCAGCCGCCUGCCACCCACUACCAACACCGGUUUUGGCACCACUCCUUGUCCCCGUAAAUGCAAUACCUGUCAUUUCACCCUUCAGGUUGAAUCACUCCAGCUGUCGAAGGGAACCCUCAAAAUUAAAAAUCACUUCAACUGUGAGUCCCGCAACGUAGUUUACGUCAUCCAGUGCAGACGUUGCAACAUCUUUUAUAUCAGACAAACGGGGAAAAGAUUGUCUGACAGGGUUAGCCAACACCUGCGAUCAAUCAACAAUGAAGAUGGUCUUCCUGUGGCCAAACACUUCAACAAGAGUGGGCAUGACUUAAAAAAGGACUUUUGUGUCAAUGAUCAGCUUUUUAGCUACAUAUUUGAACAAGCUGCAUACUAA